CGUCUAUCCACCGACCUCUACGCGUCCGGAAGUUCGCGUUUCAACAGCCAGCACGAGCGCUUAACCAACACUCCACGACCACGCCCACGACGAACGACACAAAUACCGAAUCCCCGCAGCUCAAGGCCGCAACAAUGGCCACGCCCCUCACCGACAAAGGCACACAAGUGCGCGAGCAGGCCGAAAAAGCCUGUCUCCACGAAAACUCCCUCGUCCCCCCCUCGAUUCCGUACACCGUCAUCGACCUCGUCGGCAAAGGGUCGUUCGGCAGCGUCUUCAAGGGAAUCCACACCCCUACCAACGCCGUUGUUGCCAUUAAAUCCCUCGACUUGGACCAGCAUGACGAAGAGAUCCGAGACAUCCAGAAGGAGAUUGGAUUGCUGACCCAACUCAAGGCCGGGGAUGCGCCAAAUAUCACGGCUUUCCAUAAUUCCUACGUCCUAGGGACGAAGCUGUGGAUCGUGAUGGAUUUUUGCUCGGGCGGGAGUAUGAGGACGCUCAUGAAGGCCGGACCGAUUGAGGAGAGGUACAUUGGUGUAGUGAUCAGGGAGGCCCUAGUGGCAUUGAGUUACCUCCAUGCACAGGGGAUUAUUCAUAGGGAUAUCAAAGCGGCGAAUAUUCUGGUCAAUCAAGAUGGACGGGUGCAAUUGUGCGAUUUCGGAGUGUCGGCACAGCUCGCAGGGAAGAACAAUAAGCGCAAUACCUUCGUCGGAACGCCUCAGUGGAUGGCGCCCGAGGCGCUGGCGGGUGGGUUGUAUGACUCUAAGAUUGAUAUCUGGUCCUUCGGUAUCACCAUAUACGAGCUCGCCAAACAGAACCCACCGCUGUACCAAUACCACCCGGAGCGAGUGGUAGACAUGAUUCCACGGAUGCCGCCGCCACGCCUCGAGGGCGGGAAUUGGUCCAACGGACUCCGAGAGUUCGUCGCGAUGUGUUUGAACGAGAUACCGGACCAGCGACCACCAGCUGAGGAGCUCCAGCGAUCGAAGUUCGUCAAAGCGAACAAGUCCCCGACGGCGAUCAUGCGCGAGCUGAUCGUGAGGUACGAGCAGUGGGAGAGGGGUGGCGGUGUGAGAGCUUCUAUGCUGUAUGCGCCGGGUAUGGGCGGAGGCAUGGGGGAUACUGUCACCUCGGAUUCAACUGAAUCGGCUUGGGAUUUUGACACUGUCAAGAACAGGAUCUCAGGUGUGCCCAAGGAGUUUGAGAUGCUGCAGGUGGUGGCUACACAGACGUUCAGGAGUGGGCCACAACUUACCAGGCAGCCAUCUAUCCACACGGGGGCCAGACCACGGGGGGCAGAGAAGCUGUACCGGUUAUUUGAGACACCUGGUGAAGAGCAGCCUUGGGAUGAGGAGCCGCCGCAGGAUACUUACCAAGCGAAUGGGCCCGGGGGGUCAAUGACACCCAUCCAGACGCAUAAUGGGUCCAGCAGCAGUCUGGGGAUGAUCUCUAUUCCCUCGUUCGAUGACAACGGGAUGAUGGUGUCGAAUAACAACAACAAUAACAACAACAACAUACGGGCAAGAACACCCAGUCCCAUAGGGAUGAUAUCCAUGCCAACGGAAGAGGAAAUGAUGGAUAUGGCACGACAAAAGGCAGCAGCUGCGGCGGCUGCGGCUGCGGCCUCGCCACCAACUCCGUCAGUUGCCCCAAUUGCUCCUACAAUCACUCGGACACGACCGUACAUGGCAGACUCAGUAGGCCCAUCCACGCCCAUCGAUGCUCCCUCCACCCCUUCCACAAUCACGCCCCACAAUUUCAACCGCGACCCUUCCCCACGUCGCCAAAUAGUCGCCACAUCAGCCCCCUCCUCUCCGCCCCGCUUCGCCGGCCAGCUUCAAACCGCCUCCGCCAACACGGCCAACAAACCGCACCACCUCUCCUCAAAAUCCGUGCCCACCUUCGCUGGCCGGCCCCCAGACAUUGCCCCUCCGGUCCCAACCCUGGCAACCCCAAACCCCAAAGUCCGCUCCGCCGACUCCACGCCCAUCCCGCACCUCAAAACCCGCUCGCAGGACAUCACCGCGCGCACCCCCUCACCACGUGUCGCCGGAGGCGGAAAACUAGCGUCUCGACCUAGCCACCUCAACCUUGUCGCCUCCAACGGCAGCAACUUUGAUCGGCUCCAGCCCAUACGGCAGGCGCAGCCCGACUGGGGAAGUCUCGAUUUUCCACUCAUGAAGCCGUUGGAUACGGCCAUAUUGUCAAGCCCGGGUGGAGGCGAGAUGAUGCGCGAGCUGGAUAGAGUCCUCACGGGACUGGGGGAUGCGUUGGAGGUUGUCGAGGUGGGUCUGAGGACGCUGCAUAAAGAUCGGAGGCAGAAAGUACCGGCGGAUGUCGAGGAAUGAUGUGUGUUUGGAUUUCGCGCGUGCUUUUGGGAUUGUUUUAAGAGGCGAAGGGGAGUUUUGGUUUGAGUAUUGAUUGUUGCUAUUAUGAGUUU